AUGGCACCCAAAUACGAACUGUUACCCACUGAGCCGUCAUAUAGCCCCUCAUCGUCGCGCCCCGAGUCUCCAUCAUACCCACCUCCUUACGAGGCUGAACAGGAAUACCAUCCUUUUGAGAAUGAUAUAGAAGAGGAAGCUCCACGUCGACCUCGCAUACGUCGGGACCCAAUCCCUCCCUUCGAUUCAGACCCGCGUUUUCGAAUAAGAACACCAUCACCAUUUGCAAGGGCCGCUCUUAUUAUCUUUGUGGUAUUUUUAUUUUGGCUUGCGUUCGCCUUGCGCAAGGCCAUGUGGGUAGCGGGAGGGAUGGGAAUGAACAAAGUGGUUCCAGACGUUGAUCCUUCGUAUUAA